CACCAGUGUAAAAGACAUCUUGAUAAACAAAUUUAAUGAUCAGAACAUUAAAGUUGAUAAUGUUUACCGAUUCAAGUGAGCCAAAUUACAGCCGAAAUAGAGCUUGGUUUCCAUGUAAAUUAAAAGUAGUAUGACACUGAAGUUGCAAUCUGCGGGAUGCAUCAAUUUCUUCUCUUCACUAGCUUGAAAAGAAGGGGCUUCUCGAUUUCUUGUAGGGAUCAUGAUCCAACGUCAGACACCGACGUGAAUCCUGCAACAUUCGGACGCGAAUAAGGUCAACGAUACACCCUACUUAUCAGCUGACAAGUGGCAAAUAACUAUACCCCACUUUUAACUCUUACCGCACACCAUUUUACAACUAUAUAAAUCACACAGUCAGCCUCUCAGGUUGUCGAUUUCAAAAGGCAUUUCAAUAUUUUUAAGGUUUAAAAAAGAUCCGGUUGAUCACCACCGCCAAGAUUUCACUUUUGACUCAUCGACCCAUUGUCUCUCUAAAAUCAUACUCAGCUGAACUCCUUUCUAACUCUCAUCUCCUUUUCAUAUCCAAAUUCGCUUUAUUAGAGCAAUUUCUGAAAUUCCAGAUGGCUUCGUCGGUGCUCUCUAUGGCAUCUGCAACUCCCUCUGCUUCGCUUUCUUCUCAUGAAAUUAACAAGGGAAAAUUCAAUCUUGGAAAUUCCAACUUGUGCUUCAAGAGGGAGAAAACCAAUCCCUUGAUCAAAACAAAGUUUUUUGCUGGAAUAUCUAUGGUUGUUGCUUCCAGUUUGUCUCGUUUUGAGGGUAUAGCAAUGGCUCCCCCUGAUCCAAUUCUUGGGGUUUCUGAAGCGUUCAAAGCUGACAACCAUGAGUUGAAGCUCAAUCUUGGAGUUGGGGCCUAUCGAACUGAAGAGUUACAGCCCUAUGUGCUUAAUGUGGUUAAAAAGGCAGAUAAGCUUCUACUGGAGAAGGGGGAAAACCGAGAGUAUCUCCCAAUCGAAGGCUUGGCUGCUUUUAAUAAGGUGACAGCAGAGUUGUUAUUUGGAGCCGACAACCCAGUUAUAAAGCAACAAAGAGUUGCCACAGUUCAAGGGCUUUCAGGGACUGGUUCACUUCGACUGGCUGCAGCUCUUAUAGAACGAUAUUUUCCUGGGGCUAAAGUUCUCAUAUCAUCUCCCACAUGGGGUAACCACAAGAACAUCUUCAAUGAUGCUAGGGUUCCAUGGUCAGAAUACCGAUAUUAUGACCCAAAAACUGUUGGCUUGGAUUUUGAAGGGAUGAUAGCGGACAUCAAGGCAGCUCCUGAGGGAUCCUUUAUUCUUCUUCAUGGUUGUGCUCACAACCCAACUGGUAUUGAUCCAACUCCUGAACAGUGGGGAAUAAUUGCGGAUGUCGUCCAAGAGAUGAACCAUAUUCCAUUUUUUGAUAUUGCAUACCAGGGAUUUGCAAGUGGAAGCCUUGAUACUGAUGCAGCAUCUGUGAGGAUGUUUCUGUCCCGUGGUAUGGAAGUUAUUGCUGCUCAGUCAUAUAGUAAAAAUCUUGGCCUUUAUGCAGAAAGGAUUGGAGCAAUUAAUGUUGUCUGCUCAUCACCAGAUGCUGCUGCAAGGGUAAAGAGCCAAUUGAAAAGAAUUGCUCGACCAAUGUACUCAAAUCCUCCUGUUCAUGGGGCUAGGAUUGUUGCCAAUAUUGUUGGGGAUUCAGCUCUCUUCAAGGAAUGGAAUGCAGAGAUGGAAAUGAUGGCUGGGAGAAUAAAGAAUGUGAGACAUAAAUUAUUUGAUAGUCUUUCUUCCAAAGAUAAAAGUGGGAAGGAUUGGUCAUUUGUUCUCAAGCAGAUAGGCAUGUUCUCAUUCACAGGCUUAAACAAAGCUCAGUGUGAUAAUAUGACGAACAAGUGGCAUGUCUAUAUGACCAAGGAUGGAAGGAUAUCCCUUGCAGGAUUAUCUUUGGCCAAGUGUGAAUACCUUGCAGACGCCAUCAUUGAUUCAUAUCACAAUGUGAGUUAAAACUAAGAUCAUGAUAGCUACAAAAUUUUGUUGAGUCAAGCAAAUCAUGAAUAAUUGAAGUGAUUUUAUGAAAACGAUAUUGUAAUAAUGUUUGUUAACUGAGCGUAAAAAACUCUUGUAUUUAGAGUUUUGAUUGAGGCUGUUUGCUGCCUCUCAUUUUUUUACUGAAUAUGGGAAUUUUGAAGUUUUUAUUAAUACAACAAACUUAGAAAGAAAUUGAUUAUUAUUUGUUGUGAUGAUAAAGAUAUAUGAGCUAGUUUCAGGCAUUAUGGAUUCGGUUCAAAAGGGAUAGAGAAAGAGUGGUGU